AUGGAACCAUCCACAUAUUCUCUGCCUAGUCAGAUAUAUAAUAACAGCGACAUCAUGAGUGGCGAUGCGACAAGACCAUGGUCAGAUCUCUCUAGCCCGGAAUUAUCUGGCCCCCGAUCUCGCAGCUGUGCCCAAUGUCGAUCACGGAAAAUCAAAUGUGAUCGCCAAAUUCCUUGCACUGGUUGUGUCAGAUCUGGAUCCCAAUGCAUUUAUCCUGCCGGACCUGGCAGGGCACCGAAAAGGCCUCGGAGGGUGGUUGAUUCGCGUGUACUCGAUAGGCUAUCUCGCCUUGAAGUAAUAAUGAAACAAAUGGGUAGUGGCAGAGGCCAGGAUACUACUGAGAGGACUACUUCCACACAACCAAAGGAAUCAACUACCCGAGUCGGACUGGAAUCGAAGGAUGAGUUGAGCACAGUUGAUGAACAGCUUGGCCGACUGGUCAUCGACGAUACGCGAAGUUAUUAUGUGAGCAAUAAGUUAUGGGCAAACUUAACAAAUGAGAUCGAAGAGCUACGAGACUUGCUUUAUGAUCCAACAUCUGACCAUGAGGAAGGUCCUGACGACGAUCUCAAUCAAGCCGUACCGGACCCCACAUUAAAUAUGGGCUCCAAUGCCGCAAUACUGGGAUUCCAGACGAUUGCUCCAUCGAUACGUCUUUACCACCCACCACUGUCGCAGUCGGUGGCCUUGGUGGAACUUUUCAAAGAGAGAGUUCUACCCCUGGUGCACAUCUUUCAUGCCCCGACACUGAUGCGUGAUUAUUGGGAUGCCAUAGCUUCUCUCGAUACUUUGGAUCGAAAUAGUGAGGCCUUGCUAUUUGCUAUCUACUAUUCUACUGUCAUCAGCAUGGAAUCUGAACAAUGCGAGAGCGUUAUAGGUGUUUCACGGGAGGUAGCUCUCAGGCAUUAUCAGUAUGCGGUGCAGCAAGCCAUGGCACGGGCCGACUUUCUCAACACCCAGAGUGUGACAUUGCUUCAAGCCGUGGUCUUAUUUUUAUCUGCAUUGCGAAAUGUAGAUGCCUCUCGUCGAACAUGGUCCCUAACUGCACUUGUUUUCCACAUUGCUAGAGCCAUGGGCUUGCAUCGCGAUGGAACAGCCUUCGGACUACCGCCUCUUGAGACAGAACUGAGACGCCGUUUAUGGUGGCACAUAUGCUUCCUUGAUAUACGAUCCUCGGAAUAUCAUGGAUGCCAGCCAAUAGUGCAAGACUCGGCAUUUGACACUAAGACGCCACUCAACAUUGAUGAUAGUGACUUGGUACAUGGAAUGAACGAGGCACCCAUAGAACGCGAGGAGGCUACCGAAAUGACAUUUUGUCUUGUUCGCUGCGAAGUACUCCGCGUGGCAUGGAAAACUAGCUACUUUUCCCCGAGCCAGAUGUCUUCCAAUGAACGCCAAGAAGAGAAAAUACCUACAAACCCCGAGGAAAUGGCAAAGAGUUUGACAGAGAAACUAGAGGAGCGAUAUAUCAAACAUUGCGACCCUAGUAUCCCAUUUUUGAAGUUAUGCACGACUGUGGCGCGACUAAUGAUUAAUCGUAUAUGGCUGGCAAUUUACUACCCACCGAGACAGAAGCCUAGUUCGAGCUUACCUGCAGCUAGCAGAGACAAGAUGUUUCUCACAGCAAUCAGCAUACUUGAAUUCUCGACCAUUCUCAUUACCAGCCCCGAAGUUGCUCAAUGGACGUGGCAUUCGAAGACUCAUAUACAAUGGCAUGCAGUUGUGAUUGUCUUGGCUGAAAUCUGUUCACGCCCAUCAUCCCCUGAGUGUGAUCGUGCUUGGGAGUGUGCAAAUACAGUAUACAACAGGUGGAACAUGCGAAAUGACAGGGCCAAUAGCCUCUGGAGGCCAAUAAAUCGCUUAAUGGCUAAAGCAAAAUCUGUUCGGGGCACUCACAUAAGUGACGAGCAUGAAGCACACCUGAGGACGCCUGGCGUGGCGUCGGUGACAUUCAACGACUUGGCGGUGGAUAUACCCUCGGACUUUCUGCUGGAACCACCUGAGAUAUUCCUUCACCCGGACUUCUUGAAUGAGGCCCACGGGGACCUUGAGUCGAUGUAUAAUGAUUACACGAUGGGCGAUUGGUUUGCAGAUGGCUGA